AUGUCGUGGCGGUCUCGCGGCGGCUCUCGUGGCGGACGCGGUGGACGCGGCGGUGGACGCUCGUAUGGCGGUGGCCGUGGCGGCGGUGGCUACAACUCGGGCCCUCCGGAGGCUGUUGCUGAGCUGGGUGAGUUUGUGCAUCCGUGCGAGGGCGACCUUGUGUUCAAGUCGACCAACACCAUGAUCCCCUACUUUAACGCCAUGGUGUACUCUGACAACAACGCGCUGGUGGGCAAGAUCGACGACGUGCUCGGCGCCAUUAACUCGGUCAUGUUUACCGUCAAGACAGCGCAGGGCGUCCAGGCUGACUCGUUCAAGUCGGGCUUCAAGGUGUAUGUCGACACCCAGAAGCUCCUCCCGCUCUCGCGCUUCCUGCCCAAGCCCGCAGGCCCCAAGAAGCCCAAGUCCAAGGCCAAGCGCGCCGGUGGCGGCCGUGGUCGCGGCGGCCGUGGCGGUCGCGGCCGUGGUGGCUCCCGCUUUGGUGGCGGGCGCGGCGGCUCGCGCUUUGGCGGUGGCCGCGGUCGCGGUGGCGGCCGUGGUCGUGGCCGUGGCGGCUCGCGCGGCGGCUGGAGCCAACGCCGCUACUGAUCUGGGCGUUGUUGUCUCUCUCACACACGCACACGCUUCUCAUCUCUGCCUCUGCACCGUGCUCUCUUCUUCCCCUACUUUGGUGACUCGCAUCGUAAACCCCCC